GUGGCUCCUGAGCAAGAGAUGAGGUACUGACCGACCAAGACAGUCAACAGUUUUCCGUAGAUUCACACAUCACUCUCGAAUUUAUCAUCGCCACCUUCCCAUCAUCACAGCAAUGCAGCUCUCCCACCUCCUCGCCGUGGCGCUGGCCACCACAGGCGGCCUCGGCUUCAACCUCAACAGGACCGCCACGGCAGAGACCAAGCGGGGCGUGAUCCCGGUGUCGCACAAGGGGUGCUACGCGACGUCGGUGGACCCGGACGAGACCAAGACGGCGGGGGAGAAGUUCAAGGAGUGGACGGAGGGGGGCAGCAAGGUGGGCCGGGAGAACUUCCACGCCGAGUACGAGAACGGGUCGGCCAUGUUCGUGUGCAACUGCGCGCCGGUGGGCAUCGCGGUGCCGGCCCACGAGAUCGACGACGCGCUGCAGCAGAUCCAGGCGCACUGCGGCCGGUCGCGCGGCGGCUGGCUGUGGGCUCACGACUGGAACAAGGGCUUCAACCUCGCCGACGCCGCCCGCGUGACCUACCCCACCUUGAUACGGAGCGUCUGCCCCUGCGGCUACGGCAUUGGUGACCGUUAAGGCCACUUGGAAACCGGCCAAGGUUUUUGAAUUGUUUCC